AGCACAGCGGCUCAGAGACUUUCUGCAGAUGUUUGGACACCGAUCACUUCCACCUUACCGAUCACACUAACGUUACCGAUCAUUUUAACGUGAAGCAGUCUGCACAGGAGCUCCUCUUCAUCCUCCUCUUCCUCCUCCGGUCUGCAGGAUGCAUCAAUGUCUGAUCCUCGCUGUGACUCUGAGUCUGACUGCAGCUGCAGGUUUCACUCAGGUCAACUACAAGAGAGUCACCAAAGUCAAGAUUUUGGGAUUUGACUGGAAGAACUGCGGGAAGCCAGACGCUCCAGCUGUGCUGAAGGAUCUGAGCGUGUCUCCUGAUCCCAUCUCCAUCCCGGGUGAUCUGACGGCCUCCGCCUCCGGAUCCACGUCUGUUGAGUUGACCGCUCCUCUCUCCGUGAAUGUGACUCUGGAGAAGGAGGUGGCAGGUUUUUGGGUGAAGGUUCCCUGUUUGGAGGAGUUGGGCAGUUGUCACUAUAAGGAUGGUUGUGAUAUUUUAAAUCAGCUGAUCCCACCUGGUCAGGACUGUCCUGAGCCGCUGCACACCUACGGCCUGCCCUGCCGCUGCCCCUUUAAAGCUGGUUCGUACUCUCUGCCCCAGUCAGACUUCUACCUGCCCCAUGUGGAUCUGCCCUACUGGCUCACCAACGGGAACUACCGGGUGCAAGGCGUUCUGGGUAUGGAGGGGAACGAGCUGGGCUGCCUUAAAAUCGCUCUCUCUCUCCACUCCAACUAA